CUCAGGGUAGCAGCCGGAUUGAGGCAGGUGGGCCACUCCUUUCAUUAUACUGCACUCCCCUAAGGCUCUCUUUAUCUCCAUCCCUCUGCUGUCUCUUUGCCAUCCUCUGCUCUCCAUCCCGCUCUCUCAUCUCGCCUAUCUCAUCCUCUUCCUCCUCUCGCUCAUCACACCGACUCCUUGUCACAGCAUCUUUUUACCUCAUUCUCUUUCUCACUGACAGCAUCACCUGCACAUUUUUACAUACAAAUAUACAAGUGACCACUCUUUCUCUCUCUCUCUUCUCUCUCUCUCUCUCUCUCUCACUCUCUCUCACACACACACACUUACACCCAUUCCCUCCUGCUGGCAGAGCAGGGCGAUUGCAGGAGCGGCCGCAGCAGCAGCUGCUCUGACACAUUCUGGCGUGACAAAUACACAAGGAAAAGGCAGGAGGAAAGAAGAAGGAGGAGAUAAGGAGGAGGAGGAGGGAGGAGGAGGAGAGGAGGAAGAGAGAGAGAGAGAGAGAGAGAAUAGGAGGACACAACUCUGUCUAAAGGACACCGGAGGACAGGAGAAGAAGAGGACAAGGAAGAGGAGAAGGGAAGGAGAGCAGAGGAGACGGCUCUUGCAGCCAUGUCAGACACACCUUUGCAGAGGAACGGCACAGCCACAGCACCGAUGUCGUGUGAGGAGGCUCAGCUCCACAAAGAGAGGCUGCAGGCCUUGGCGGAGAAGCGAAAACGGCAAACUGAGAUUGAAGACAAAAGAAGCCAGCUCGAUGACCUGGUGCUACAACUACAGCAUCUCAAGUCCAAAGCCAUGCGUGAGCGAUGGCUCCUCCAAGGAAUGGGAGCGGAGGAAGGGGAGGCACGGCGGAAACAGCUGGAACAGGAUGAAGAACAAGGGAAGAGGCUGGAAGACCUGAUACACAGGCUGGAGUCUGAAAUCGGGGCACUAGAAAGUGAGGAGUCCCAGAUAUCAGCCAAAGAACAGGUUCUUCGAGAACGCCUGAAAGAGACAGAGCGCUCUAUAGAAGACCUGCAGAAGAGUCUGAUGACCCAGGAUGGAGAUGCCACCGGCUGCAUGUCCGCCCCUCUCUCGGACUGCACGGACCCCGAUCCCGACCACCUCGUCCUGGCCACGCAGCCCCGGACCGGCCCACCUGCCUCUGGAGAGCACGCCAUACCAAGACCUGCAAUGUUUGCCAUGGAGAUCAACGUACAGCAUGACCCGCAGACCGGCGAGCAGCGCAUCCUGUCAGCCAACCGCGUGAACCCACUGGAUGCGGCGUCGCGUGGCAUCAAAGUCUACGAUGACGGCAGAAAAGUGGUCUACGAGGUCACUUCCUCCGGGGGCGUGUCCACCACCACUGUGGAGAAUGGUUGGAGCUCUGCGCAGGUUGACCAGCUGAUCCAGCGAGCUGCCAGGCCCGGCUCACAAGGGGGAGAUGGCGGCAAGGGUCAUGUGAUGGUGACCCCAGCUGCCCCGCAGGCCUAUAUUUCCCCAGCAGAUAUUGAUGAUCUGUCUCCGCCCUCCUGCGCCCCGCCAUCCAUCCCUUCAAGCCCACCAGCCCAGGUCACCCUCCAGAGGGAGACCCGGCUUGGCAUGAUGCCCCCCUCUGCUCCCAUUACAACCCAGCCUGGCUCCCUGGCCCACCCAGGCGCCGAACUCACCUCCCUUCCCCAAGCCAGCGAGGAGCACCCGGUCACCAUGGUGUUCCUUGGCUACCAGGACGUUGAGGACACGAGCGAGAGCAGGCGGCUGCUAGGUUUUGAUGGCGCCGUGAAGGCCGAGGUGGUCUUGAUUGACGAAGACGACGAGAAAUCGCUGAGGGAGAAGACGGUCACUGACCUUUCCAUCAUCGACGGCACAGCGGCCGACCUCGUGUCUGGGCGACCGGCCACGUCUGAGGCUGUCAGCACGGAACUGUCAUCUGACGGUCGUGAGCCUGACAGUGCCUCCUCGCCCCCUGCAAAUCCUGACACCAACACGGCCCCCCCGCCCGGCCUCACCCCUCCCACAGGAUACAGUCAAACACCGGGGGUUACCGUGACAACAGCAAAUGGGUAUCAGGCUCCCAUUCCGACCAGACAUCCUCACACUGCCAUGAAAUCGUGGCGGGCAGCCGAGGAUGUCAGUGACACAAUACCAAGAGAGCGAGCCCUGAAGAGUGUCAGUUUCCAGGAAUCGGUCAGCGUUAUCACUGACAGGCCUGCAACCAUGGAACUGGAGAGCCAGCAGAUCCAACAUGGCUGCCUUAGCAGCCCCAGCAACCGAGCCCACAAUGCAGUUGGUGUGAAAGUAGAGACUCCUGACAGCGAGGUGGUGCAGGAGAUCCGCUAUUUGGACCAGGUUUUAGACGCCGCCUCAGAAACACCCACCAACGGAAAUUCUUCUCCAUCAGACCACACCAGAUCAAUCAGCAUCGACGGAAACGCUCCUUCUGUCUGUGUGUCAGCCUCCUCUCCUAUCAGUCACCAGUCAGUCGUUGUGGAGGGGCAGAGACAAACCACAUUCCUCCACCAGGAGGACUCUGCUGUGAGGACCAACGGGCAUGUGCAGGGUGAGGAGUCGGGGCGCAGCGGGGCAAAGUUUGAGCUGAGAGCGUUUCAGGAGGAGAGACGGCCAGCAAAACUCUUCACCCCUGGAGAGGAGCAGCAGGUCAGAGUGACAAGGAGACGACCCACAGAGGAGGUUCAGGAGCUGGAGCGUGAGCGCCAGGAGCUGAUCAAAGACCAGGCAGUGAAGAAAAACCCUGGGAUCGCCCAGCGCUGGUGGAAUCCUCCUCAGGAGGUCCCUUUAGAAGAACAGCUGGACUCAGAGCAGCUUGAGUCUCUCAAGAAAUACCAGGAGAGGAAACAGCAGAAACAGAAUCACACUUAUGCCUACACACAGCCCCAGGUGUCAGGUCCUUCCACCAUGGUGACCUUUGACCCAGAGCUAGAAAGGAAGGUGGACAUUGUGGAGGAGCAGAUUGACUUCUCGUCUGCCAGGAAGCAGUUUCUGCAAGGGGAAGCAACCAAGAGGGACGUAGCUCCUCACAUAUACUCCGCCAAACCCUUUUCCAAAUUCGUAAUCAGGGGCAGCCAGGGCAGCAGUGACAUUGUUGCGGAAACGGGGGAGGGUCACGUGACCUGGUCUGAUGAAGGAAUUGCAGGAGAAUUUACUUGUGCACGCGCUGUAAUGACAAUCCUGCGCGAGGAGGAAGAAGGGAAGGGCCACUUCCAUCCAGAGGAGUCUGACUCAGGAUUAGAUGAGUUAUCUGUCCGUUCUCAGGACACUACUGCAUUUAGCUUGGAUAAUGUUUCUGACAGCGGGGCUUCGCUACCGCCUACCCCGUUGCCACUCACCCCAGUUUCACCGCCUACCCCGCAGCCCACCACGCCAGUCAAUGGGCAGACCAGUGGCAGUCCAGCAGAAGAUGAUCUGGAGUACCAGGCAGGGGUACUUGUCCAAAAUGCCAUCCAAAAUGCCCUGGCAGCUCAGAAUGGAGACGAGUGGCAGCCAUCUGACUUGAAUUCUUCACAACUGAGUACCCCAGUGUCUCCAUCCUCAGCGUCUACAAGUAGCCCAGUGCCAGUUUCGUCCUCUCCUGUGUCUUCUAGUGGAGCUCCCAGUCUCCAAUCACCUGCGUCCUCAAGUCCUGCUCCAUCCAACCUGUCCCCUCAGCCAGAGAGACGGCCCGAAGUAAGAGUAUAUUCUGAAGAGAAGCCCUCAGAAUCACAACAGGCUCCGCAGCAGCAGCCCUCCAGUCCAGCACAGCAACCACAGCUCCAGACACCUUCUCCACCUCCUUCUCAGCCCAUCUCACCACCACAGAGACCCAAAGACGGAGGCCCCAGGAUCAAAAUCCAAUCGUCUUACGCCAGAGCCCUCGCCUCCUCAGCCUCUGCUCCAGCUCCAGCUCCGGCACCUGCCGCAGCAGCUCCAGUUUCCAGGCCAACCCCAGUCUACCGUCCCCCUUCUCCUCCAAGCCCCGAGAAACCAGAGUUCAGCUACUUCAGUAAAUACUCUGAGGCCGCCGAGCUGCGUAGCACAGCAGCAGCACCACGAGCCCCUGAGGUCGAGCCAGCCAGUGGGCCAUUCCGCCUGCGCUCCAAGAAGCAGAGAACUUUGUCGAUGAUCGAGGAGGAGAUCCGAGCAGCCCAGCAGAGGGAGGAGGAGCUGAAGAAACAGAGGGAGACACAGCCUGUUGUUAUCGUCCGCCCCAGCAGCACUUCCAGCAGCAGUCAUGGAAACGUGAGGACGGGGAUGCGGCCAACCACCAUUUCCCCAGCAGAUAAGAUGAAGAGCAACAGCCUGCCAGCCAGACUCACACUGACAACGAGGACAGCACCAGGAAAGAUCGAGAAGGUUCGACCUGCACCGCCUGUCUCACCUUCGCCCUCAGAAGGAGCCCUGUCUGACGCCGGCAGCGAGGACUCUGGAGGAUCACGGCCCAAAAACUUCAUGCAGACGCUUAUGGAAGACUAUGAGACACACAAGGUGAAGAGGAGGGAGAAACUGGAGGACAACAGUUAUGCCCGUUUGUUGCUGGCUAACGAGGUAACCAAUGAGGUUCUGGAGGCCACUCGUGUCACCAGGAGGAAAAGCGACAUGGCGCGGAAGUGGGAAGCCGGUAUCUACGCCAACGAGGAAGGAGAGGAAGAGGAAGAGGAGGAGGAAGAAGAGGAGGAGGAGGAGUAAAAAAAGCUCCUUUCAGAGACAGUUAAGGGACAGAGUGGAAAGAAGGAGGAUGAAGAGACUGAAGGAAAAAUGCAAACAAGAGGAGGAGCAGGAUGAAGUGAAGGAUAAAGGAGAGGGAAAGGAAACAGUAUUUAUUUUACUAAUAGUAUUCUGAUGAUCACAUGACCCACUGGCUUGACCAAUAGGGCUCAUGAAAGAGAUGCAUCAAGUUGAGGGUUGAAGGGGCAACAGUAUGUAGAGUGACUGAGUAUGUGAGAGACAUCUGAAGUGUUGAGGUGAGUUUGGAGAGGAAAAGGUCAGUGAUGCAAGAGACACUUUGAGAGGGUUUAUGGUGGUUUAAGAGCACUGUUCAGAAGUGUGUUUGGGAUAAAAGGUUUUUACUACUUGGUAGACGCUGAAUGAUUUUAAAUAUUCAUAGGGUUUUUUUUCAUUUACCUGUAAUUUUUUUUUUAUUGAAAUAUGGUCUGAGAUCUAAAGAUUUUAUUUUGACAGGUUGCCUGAUAAUAGUGUUGGCAAUGGGUGCUUGAUAAUAACCCCAAUCAUCUUGAAAAUGUGUGGAAGGAAUUUUCAUUACAGGAAAAAAAAAAAGAUGACAAGCAGGUGUGUGCAGAGUGACUAUCAGGAAGCUUCUGACUGAAAGCUGUUCAAGAAAGAAGAAAAAGCCUAAUCACACACUCAGACAUUUCUGUAAUGGCAUAAUUAUUUUUACCUGGAUGAGAUGAUGCUGCAGGAAGGAUGCGAUGUUUGAAACAAAUGGGACCCAAAGCAUCACUCUCAGAACCUGUUAUAAUUUCACCCUCUGCAUCCUGCAGUGCCACAGUGCAGAUACAACACACACAUGUUGGUGAGAGCUUUUCGCAAUCCUUUCAAGCAUCUGUAUUAAAGGUCCAGUGUGUAACAUUUAGGAAUAUCUGUUGGCAGAAGUGAAAUGUAAUAUUCAUAGAUUCCAUGUUGAACUGUUUCUACAAUAGCCCAGAAUGGCUUCUUUUUUCUUUUUUUGCGAUUUCCGCAAUCAUUGUAGUUUCUUCUACCUGCUUAGAAGGCUGAGCUGUAUUCAAAUGGUUGCAAUCUGCAACUGCGCCGCUCCACGCCACUAAAUCCUACGCACUGGUCCUUUAAAUCUUAAGUGCCGACUCGAGGGUCAGCGUCCUUGAGCUGUUGAAUUCUAGCGAGUUGCAAAACUAGCAUCAAGGUUCAACUUUGCCUUAGUCCGUCAGUAGUUGUGGGGAUGCACGUUAUCUAUGAUGUAUUUUAUCUUCUCCUAUUCUCUAUUACUACAGAUUCAAUAGACCUUAGAGAAAAUACGCAACCACAUUAGAUAGAAAGUCUGUCUAUAAAACACUAUUCAGUGAUCUUGUGUCUAUAAAGUGCAGUAAGUCGAAACAGGAGGAGUUUAAACAUACGGGGAAGAGGGAAGCUAACUGCGGGUCAUGUUUGCAUCAGUGUGUGUAUUAAUUAAAGGGCUGGGUCGGGGGUUUUAUAUUCUAAAAAAAAUCACUUAUUUUAACUUUGCUGGCUUACGUCGCUUUGUUGACCUGUGCUUUCUGAUGUAAGCAGUCGUUUCAUGUAUUAUACUGAGGUAGGACUGUGUAUUUGAUAUAUGAACAUGUCUGUUGAGAUUCCAGUGGGGCAACUGCCGUGUGUCUGCUAUACCUUGCUAGCUGAGAUCAAGUUUGAUGGGAAAUAUUGAAGAAAGCUUUUUAUAAAACGUUGUUAUACCAAAAGAGAAUGUUGUUAUUUAGUCAGCCUUAUGCUCUUAAGUCUAUUUAAGAAGAUUGAUUGUGUGCAUGACAUUACACUCCUAACCUGAAACAAGCACACAACAUGCAGGGAAAAGAAGGCAGGUGACUAUCAGUAGAGGCCACAAUAACCAGGCUGAUUCAUGGGUUGUCCGUUUUUUUACUAAACAUAUUGUGAGCUUUCCAGCACAAUGUGAUUUUUUUGUUUUGUUAUAUGAACAGAAAAUGACCACAAACAGGCCUCUAUGAGUGUGGAUUGUCCAGGUACAAAACAAGGUUUAGCUUCCAAAAUGAAACCAGUUAAACACAAUCGGAAAAUAAUCCCUGGAGCUGUGGAAAUUGUAUUUUUGAACCACUUUAACUGAAAAGUAGCUGAUUGAUUCUACUUUUUCAGGCUUUUUGUUAUACCUUGUUUAUUGAAGUCUUUGAGAGAAAGAUUUUCCUGUAAACCACAGGUCCCAGUUUUGAUCACCCCAUCUGCUAACAUGGCCUGUCCAAGUGUCCUUCAGCGAGGCACUGACCUUCCUCAAGGCCAUCCUCAGCUAAAUGUCUGAAAUAUAAACAUACACUGAGGUAAACGUGCACAAAAUAUAAAGAAUUGACACAUACUAACCCUUAACAUUAAUGAUUAUUAUAUUUAUUGGGACGGUCCCACCCUGAGUGCAGGACAAGCUUCUCUUGGCAAAUGAUCCCACUCUCUUUAAUUAUCUCUUGCAGUAUGCUCUCGGAGGAAACACAGUGCCACUAACUUCACCAACCAGAAGUGAGAACCAAGGACUCGCGCCUCUGUGAUGUGUCUGUUUCCCCCUGAAACAAAAAAAAACCCACAUUGGUUUCAGAGAAUCAUACUUGUGAUUCAUUUAAUACACAUGUAAUAAUAUAUUAAAUGAGUAUUUAAAGGACCAGUGUCCCUUUUUACGAGAUGUUUUGUGGUGCAGAAGAAAUGGUGUCACUGGCAGGAGAUGCAUUUUGCCACACAAGUUAAGGGACGAACGAGAGAAAGCCAGUCGGUUCUUACAGUUGCAGAAAGACAUCAGGAACAUGAUCUGAGCUGUCUGACAGUAUUAAACACGCUUUACGGAUAUGUUGAUUCCAUGUGAGAGAUAUUAGAUGUUAGAGGAAACGUAAGCUCAAACAGAAAUUUUUUUCCAGAAGAAUAACGGUUACAGAGCCCUUGCAAUGGAUGCCAGCAUCAUGAGCAACAAAAGCAAAUGGCUACCACCCUCCUUUACUGUAGCUGCAGCAGCACAUUGUAAAACUGCACCGCGUUCUGAGUUCUCAUUAAACACACGCUUUUGAAAUGGUAACAGACAUCCUGCACACGCAGAGGAGAUAUAAUUGUGUGAUUUAUUAUUAUUAUAAUGCUUUUGUUGUUUUGAAUUCAUGGUGCAGAGAUGAUUUAUUUAUCAUUUUUAAAUGCUGGUAGCUUGUUUUUUGCCUGCAGAAGCGCCCGAGCUUCAGUGUGGGACUCACACUGUCUGUGUGUGAUAAAGCAAUCUUAUUAUACAGUAUACACUAUAACCUCUGUUCCUAUGUUAACCACUUGUAAUGCUCAUACUCUGCUUUGUUAUUUUAUAGCACAUGUAAGGCUCACAGUUAUACACCUACUAUAUAUAUUAUGAUUAUUUUCUCAUUAAAAACAAAACCUGUA